GGCGGGCAGGCAGGUGAUGAUAACAAAGGCGUAGUAGCAGCAGGGCAAGUCAUUUGGCAAACAAAUCGCCACAGAGCCAGAACACUAAACACUUCAACUAGAAAAGUUUUCCGCCAACCUGUAGCCACAAUGAACACCUGCCCUGCUCUGCUGCUGACCUUGGUUUUUGCUUUUGGUCUCAGCCAAACCCAAGGAUAUUCCCCCAGCGAGGAUGCCAGAAUUAUUGAGGAGUACAAGCGCGAGAUGGGACUCAAUCACGCGAAGAUCGCCAGGAAUUUGGUGCACCGCGCUAACUGGGCGGCGGUGGGCAGCAUCUCCACCAACAAAAUCGUGGAAAGCUAUCCCAUGGUCAAUAUCAUAUCGAUCGAUGACAGUGACGCCAAGGGCAACUCCACGGGCAAGAUACGCUUCCUGCUCACCGACCUGGACUUCACGGGUCCCGACUGGGAGAAGAACAACAAGGUGACGCUGCUUUUUAGUGAGGAGCAGACCCUGAACUGCAAGGAUCACGGCAAGGAUCCCAUGGAGCCCACUUGUGCCCGUUCAAUGAUCAGCGGCCAAGUCCGGAGGUUCGAUACAAAAGAUAGCAGCUACCAGCCAGCGCUGGACGCUUACAUAAAGCGGCAUCCGUCGGCAAACAAUUGGAUAAAGGCCCACAACUUCUAUCUGUGCGAGCUGAUCAUUCGCAAUAUCUUUGUGCUGGACUUCUAUGGUGGCCCGCAUCAGGUCACUGCCUCCGACUAUUACGCCGUUCAAUUGUGAUGAGCAACCAACCACCACCACCUGACCAUACUUGACGCUAAGGAAACAACUUGAUGCCUCAGUUCUUUGUUCAGCUGAGCAUUCCAGCAACAAAUUUCAUGAUAAGCCAAUUAUUAUUUUUUUUUUUUACUGAUGUUUACUGACUGCACAAAGAAACCUUUGCAAUGGUGUCCGUCACUUAUCAGUUAAGCUCCCGCCGAAUCGGGCAACACUUUCAAAUGUGGAAUAGUACUCGUAGGGAUGUACACAGGAGUACACAUGUAUAUUAAAAUCGUGUAAA